UACAGAUCCGCGAGCUAGAGGGUGAUGCAGGCGCCACCGUCCUUGUUCACGAGAUGGAUGCAGCAGUUGUCGGCAGCGUGCUCCACCGGAACUCGUCAUGGUAGACUCGCCUUAUAUGCUGCUGCAGCCAGUUGCUUUAGAUCUCAUCAACAUAGACCAAGGCGGGAGCUCUGUAAGGGGGAGCUGAGAUGGCAGCUGCAGGCACCGCUGCGCCGGAGAACCGCAUGCAGCCGCUGAAAGGCCGCGUGGCCAUCGUGACAGGCGGCGCAGGUGGAAUCGGCUCGGCUGUCUGCGCCCACCUUGCCUCCCUCGGCGCAAGCGUCGUCAUCGGAUACGUCGGUGACCCGAGCCCGGCGGAGAAGUUGGCGGAGACGAUCAACACGACCUACGGGGCGCCGCGGGCCAUCGCGGUCUCCGCCGACGUGUCCAGCUUCGCCCAAGUCAAGUCCCUGUUCGACGCAGCUGAAGCUACCUUCGGCCCCAACCUCCACAUCCUCGUCACCGCGGCCGCCGUCAUCGACGCCGAGUACCCGCCGAUAGCCGACACCAGCGAGGAAAGCUUCGACUGGAUGUUCGGCGUGAACGCCAAGGGCACGUUCCUGUGCUGCCGGGAGGCGGCGAAUCGCCUGGUCCGGGACGGGGGCGGGCGGAUCAUCACCUUCACGUCGUCGGGAGUGGGGUCGCUGCGGCCGGGCUACGGGGCGUACGCGGCGACCAAGGGGGCGAUCGAGGUGAUGACGAGGGUGCUGGCGAAGGAGCUGAGGGGGACGCGCAUCACGGCUAACGGGGUGGCCCCGGGUUCGACGGCGACGCCCAUGUUCUACGCGGGGAAGUCGGAGGAGGACGUGAAGGCGUGCGUGGCGGAGAUACCGCUGGGCCGGCUGGGGCAGCCGGAGGACGUGGCGCCGCUGGUGGGCUUCUUGGCUGGCGACGACGGAGAAUGGGUGAAUGGGCAGAUCAUUCGUGCCAACGGUGGCAAUGUCUGAGAUUGAUUGCUGCAAUCCCCUGUCAACGAUCCACGUGGUUUGAUCAACUAAAAAUGGUGUGUGUCAGUUGAUGGUGAUGGACAUGAAAAACAGCGAGUAAUGUAGACGUCGAGUUUGACUGAGAACAGGUAAUCGGAACGCCUCAUAAUCAAACCCCAUCGAG